AUGAAGCUUGGGUGAAGGAAGUAGAAACUUUAUCUGGGAAGAAAAGAUCCUGGGGUUUUGAUACCAGGGGAAACUGCCUAGCAGUUCAAAGGGUAGUGAGUUACCCAUCACUCUUAAGUCAUCAAUUAAAAAUGGAAACCAUUUGCUGAUGAGGUCCAUGACAGGGCUUUAGGAUGUGGUGUUUGCCCUUCCAUCUCCCAAUGACCUCACUAUGUCAGAAUCAAGUUACAGUGUGUCCAACAGUGGCUGGUCAGACCAAUAGGAGCUUGGCAAGCUUGGCUACAGGUCGGACACAAAUAGUCCAUGUGAACAUUUGGACUCUAACUUCACAUCUCGAGUUUCUCCUGAGCUCCUGAGUUACUCAGAGAGCACAGCCCCUUCUCUGAUGGGGGCUUGCCAGUGGGUGGUCCUGUGCCAGGGUCGCCCAUGUCAUCGUUCUUCCUUGUACGGCUUUUUCUGGCCACCAGGAGAGCACUUGCCCUAUGAGAGUUCUCCAUAAUCAUCUUUUUUGGAUCUCAAGAUCCCAGGACCCCUACUCUCGUGCCCGCCUCCCCCAGCCUCCCUUGCUCGGAGACCGGUGCACAUUUCCCGCAAUGGGUCCCGAUCCAUAAGCGCUGGGAGAAUCGCCGUCUUCUCUGGGACUGGGUAUUUGUAGCCACUCCCUGGAUUCCUCGGUUGGGGGCGGGCCAGGUUCCUCGGGACCGAAGAGGUCCUACGGGGGCUGGAAAGGGCCAGGCGGCCGCGCGCCCCCGCGCCGCCGCUCCAGUCCCUGUGCCGCCGCCACUAUUCCAGCAGCGCUCCUGCAGCGGGCUGCGGAGCACGAUGGCGGCCACUGAGUCCGCGGGGCGCCGCUUCUUCCGCUGCGCCUGCUACUGCACUGAGAACCUCUUCUUGUCCCGCUACCGGCUGCACGUGCGCUUCGUCGGGGAGCAACAGCUGCGCCACGACUACAGCCAGAUCCUCGAGAGCCGUGGCUGUGUGACUCCCGAGGACUUUGAGGAGGUGGUGUCUGAGCUGGAAUCAGAAGUCCAGCGGAGGAAGCAGACGAUCCAGCAGGCCGAGGAGAGGAAAGCCAUCAUUGCCCAGCUCUACAAGCCCGUGCAUCCCCGGGUGUACGCCUUACAGGAGCCGUUUCUGGCCGGCGAGUUUCUGGCUGCUACUAAGUACAGCACGACCCCGAAUGCAAACCUUUCCGGCCUCUUGCGGUACAUCCAGGUCGUAUCAGAUGAGAAGAAGAUUUACCGGCUGCAGGUCUUCACCAAGGACUAUUGCCGCCUGCUGCUGCAGGAGCUGGAACAUUUUGAGCGGUCGGACAUGCCCAAGGGACGGCCCAACACCAUGAACAACCACGGGGUCCUGCUGCACGAGCUGGGCUUGGACGAGCCCCUGGUGACGCCCCUGCGGGAGCGGUACCUGCAGCCCCUCACCGCCCUCCUGUACCCCGAGUAUGGAGGGGGCCACCUGGACAGCCACCGGGCCUUCGUGGUGAAGUACUCCCUGGACGGGGACGUGGACCUCAGCUACCACUACGACAAUGCCGAGAUCACCCUCAACAUCUCGCUGGGCAGGGAGUUCACUGAGGGCAACCUGGUGUUUGGAGACUAUUACGAGGUGCCGAGAGACGAGAUGAGGUACGUCGAGUUGCCGAACGUGCCCACCUACGGGGUGCUGCAUCGGGGCGGUCAGUUGCACGGGGCCCUGCCCUUGGAGUCCGGGGAGCGCUGGAACCUUAUCAUCUGGAUGAGGGCCUCUGUCAUCCGCAACCUGAUGUGUCCCAUGUGCAAGAAGCCGCCACAGCUGGUGGAGGACGAGGGCUACGGGGACGGCUUCACCCUGGAGGAAGGGGACCCCCAAACUGUGGGUGUUUGCACCUUGACUUGAGUCCCAGCCUCCUGCCCUGUGGCCCACCAGCUCUGGCGGCCCCUUCUGGAUGUCCUUGAUAGCCCAGGCCCAAACAGGGUGGGGAGGCCCCUGGGGACCCCUCUCUCAAAUGUGGUCCUUGAGAUUCAGUGAAGAUUGGAAAGGGGCCUGGAAAGAGGUGUGCCCAUUACUCCUCAGAGGGUCUCCCUAAGGGUUCCUGGCUUAGGAAAGAAGAGCAAGAUAUGGGAUUGCAGCUGUGAUGGAUGGGACAAUAAAACAUGACUGCUUGACUCCCUGA